AAGGCUCUGGGGGUGGGGAGGACAGAGAUAUCCGUUAGUUUUUGUAUCCUAAAUGAGGCCUCAUCUUAUCUUAAAAUUAAACACAAUUUAAAAGGCCAUUUCAAGGGUUUGUUGCAGCAACAACCAGCUUCUCCUCUACAGGGUAGAAAAUCCAGCGGUCUGAAGGCGAGCCGAGAAGCCAGGCUGCAAUUCCUCCAAGUAGGCACCAGGUGUCGCUGUGGGCUCGUUGUCCCGGCUACCCCCCAAUUCCAAGAACCAUUUUUUUUCUCCCCCUUCUCUCUCUCUUUCUCUCUCACUCCCUCUCCCCCUUGGUUGGGCUUUGCCAACAUAUCAAGAUGCGUUUCGCCGGCUUCCAUCACUAACCUCCCGGAGGUCAUCAAGCCAAAUUUAUGAGUGGCCGCUCGAGUCACGUGACUCUAUUUAAGGCUCCCUUAUUUGGGAAGAGCGCAUAGGAUAAAGAAAGAGAUAUCUCCACCUAUAAAUUGUGCACUUUGGAGAACAAAAAACCCCUCAACUUCAAAGAGUCACAAAUCACCCUUAAUCAAAAAGGGUGCAGAAAUUUUUUUUGGGCCCUCCCCGCCAUGAGCUCCUACGUAGCCAAUUCAUUCUAUAAGCAGAGCCCCAAUAUCCCUGCCUAUAACAUGCAAACUUGUGGGAACUAUGGAUCGGCCUCAGAGGUGCAGGCAUCCAGGUACUGCUACGGUGGAUUGGACUUAAGCAUCACUUUCCCACCGCCUGCGCCUUCCAACUCUCUCCACGGGGUAGACAUGGCUGCCAACCCCCGGGCUCACCCCGACCGCCCCGCCUGCAGCGCCGCGGCCGCUCCGGGACACGCUCUGGGCAGAGAUGAAGCGGCUCCUCUGAACCCCGGGAUGUACAGUCAGAAGGCGGCUCGCCCAGCGCUGGAGGAGCGAGCUAAGAGCAGUGGGGAGAUCAAAGAGGAGCAGGCGCAGACAGGGCAGCCCGCCGGACUGAGCCAGCCACCGGCCCCGCCACAGAUUUACCCGUGGAUGACCAAACUGCACAUGAGCCACGAGACGGACGGCAAGCGGUCCCGAACCAGUUACACGCGCUACCAGACUCUGGAACUGGAAAAAGAAUUCCACUUUAACCGCUACCUCACUCGCCGCAGGCGCAUAGAGAUCGCCAACAACUUGUGUCUCAACGAGAGACAGAUCAAGAUCUGGUUCCAGAACCGCAGGAUGAAGUGGAAGAAAGAUUCCAAAAUGAAAAGCAAAGAGGCCCUUUAGAGGCAGCGGGGAGGCCCGCAGAUAGCGCCCUGAGCCCGCUUUGGUCCCUGCGCCUUUCCUUUUCGGUUUUCCGCUCUCUAUAUUUUGGGGCAAGGGCGGGGGCUGCAGCACCGGCUCCGGGGCCUCACAGACAAAAGCGCUUUUCCUUGGCAUUCCGCAUCCCCACCGACCCCAGGUUCCCGCGGGGCUGCCCGCGCUGCCCGGACUCCCCUCAGUUCUGCUUAGUACCGAGGGGGCCCAGGGCAAGCUCCGCAGGGGCUCUCCAGAGGGCUGUGGUAUAUCGGCUGGUGCCGAAGGAACCCUGGCCUGGGCCGCCUCUCAGGCUUCCAGCCCCAGAGCGGCCUGCCGGAGUUAAGGUCGGCCUUGCGGGCGCCCCAGGCCCCGCGCCCCGACCCUCCAGCCUCCCCUCUCCUUUGUUCCUGGCUUAGGCUGGACAGGCGGCUGCGGGCUGCGGGCUGGCGAGAGUGGUUGUGCCUGGCGGAGUCCGGCGCCAGACUCGGGGUGCUUCGUUGUAGCGACUAAACUCCUUGUUCGGUUUUUAAAUGAUUUGCAUAUGAAAGGGGGGAAUGACUGUAGGUCCGCCUAGGGUCCCCUCGGUUGCCCUCGGCUCUCCAAACCUUCUCCCCCAUCCCUAAGCCCGGUAACCUCUCCAGCCUGCGCCCUCUGCAUGUCCUCUCAGGUCCUCCCCACCCCACCCCCGCUGCAGACCAUUAGCUAGCUCAACUAUUGGGGUUCCUUGCCACUGGACCCCAGCAAGCAGUCCUAGAGGCUCCUGGCUGCCCAGUAGUCCCUGCCACGACUUUCUGUGCCCUCUUGCCCCCUCGCUGUUGUCCAACUAUUUAUUGACUCCAGGUCUUUCCUGAAACUAUAUUUUGUCAUAUCAAAUAAAGACAAAGAGAGAACAGGA